AUGUUAAGUAAAAUGAUACAAAAGACAACACCUAUUAUCAUUUCUGAUGAUGAUGGUAGUUUAGAUAGUAUAUUCAAUCCUAAACAAUCAUCAUCAACUACUUCCACAACCAACAAUAGGAGGAAAAAGAAUAAACAACCAUCAAUUCAAAUUGAUUUACUAUCUGAUGACGGUGAAUCAGAUGACUUUAAAACAACAACAACAACAACAACAACAACAACUACUUCUACAACAUCAACAUCUUUUACAUCCAAUAAUAAUAAAAAUGAAAAUGAAAUGAAGAUAUCUGAUUUAGAAGAUUCAAAUAUAGAUAAUGUUAAAGUAGUAGUCUUUAAUGAAAAUAGAAAUAGUAAUAAUAAUAAAAAAGAUAACGAGUAUAUAUAUAAUAAUAGUAGAAGCGAUGAAAUCAAAGAUCUUUCAUUCAUAGAACAAAUACAUCAUAGUUUAAAUAGAGAUUGGGAUGAUAAUGAUAAUGAUCAGAGUAUGAAUAGUAGUAGUAGUAUUAGUAGAAAUCAUAAUAAUAAUAAUGAAAAUGGAGUUGUUUCAAAUGGUAGUUUAUUAUUAUCCACUGGUAGUAAUAUGCCUUGUUCACUUGGUGAUAUUAGUAAAGAUAAUUUCAAUGCAAUCAAAGAGUAUUAUGACUCGUUUCUUGAUGAAGACGAACAGGAUUUCGCUCAUGGCGGCGGUGAAGAUGAUGACCGUGACAUUCUGAUGCUCAAGGCAACACUCGGUGAACUAGACAAUGAGAAUAUCAUGAAGAAGAUCGAAGCAGCACCCCCACCCAUCAUAUUGAAACAUAUCACCAACCAAUACAACAGAUUUUCAGAGCAACCACAAGAUGGAGAGCAACAACAACAAUUUGAUUUCGAACAAAACGGAAAAGAGCACACCAAUGAUCAAAUGAUCAUCAAUAUAGUAGAGGAUAAACAGAUUCAAAAAGCGAAAAGAGAGAAACCAGUUGCUAAAAGAUAUUAUGGUGGAGAAGCACCAAUUCAAUGCGAUCACUGUGGAGAACACAACAGUCAUUAUAGUUUUGAAUGUAGCGAGCAAAAGGACAGACCUUGUUUUAGAUGUGGAGAAUUUGGACAUUCCACUAGAUCUUGUACAUUAUUCCUUUGUUUUAAAUGUGGUUUAUAUGGUCAUUAUCCAAGGCAAUGUGUAAGAGAAUAUCUUAAAUACUUGGAAGGUGCAAAGAUUUUGAAUGUACUGUUCGGUGAGAGAUGGACUACUUUUGAUGAUCAGAAUAUGUAUCAGGAUGCAGAGCUACGACACAAGAGAUCUGUGUCAAGUAAGAAUAAGCAUAGCAAGAAACAUAAGGAUUAUAGAAGAGGAAGAGAUAGAUUCAAUAACAACGAUAGAGAUCGUAAUAAUAAUUAUAAUAGAAGAGAUUGGGAUAAUAGAGAUAGAGGAAGAGUAAGAGAAAGAGAAAGAGAUAGAGAUUGGGAUAAUAGAGAUAGAGAAAGAGAUAGAGAUCGUCGUGGAAGUGGUCCUGUAGAUAGAGAUUAUGAUAACAACAACAAUAACAACAAUAGAAAUAACAACUAUUCACUACAGAGAUUCAGAGAGGAAGAACGUAGAAGAGAACGUGAAAGAGAAAGAGAUUAUGAAAAUCAAAGAAAGUGGGACAGAAAGGAGAAUCGUUAUAAUAAUAAUUUAAAUAAUGCUAGAAAGAGAGAAAGAGAUAUCGAUGAUGAUGAUAAUAAUAAUAAUAACAAAAAGAAGAAUAAAAAUAAUAAUAAUAAUAAUAAUAACAAUAGCAAUAACAACAACAAUAAGCAUAAUAAUAGUAAUAGUCACAAUAAUAAGAAUAAGAAUAAUAAUAGUAAUAGUCACAAUAACAAGAAUCAUAAAAACAAUAACAACAAUAAUAAUAAUAAAGGAGGUAAUAAAAAGAGAGAAAGAGAUAUGGAUGGUGAUAAUAGUUUUAAUAAUGGUAAUAGUAGUAGAAAUAACAAGAAAAACAAGAGGAAUUAA